AUGCAGGGCCUACUGGGCGGCGAUCCUCGGCGGCCCAAGACGCAAGGCGAGCUCUUUGCCGAGCUGCUUCGCCAAGGCGCCGAGGAGCAGCUCAAGAAGGAGCGCAUACAACAGCAGCAGUAUGGGUACCAGCCGGUGAGCCGGUAUCCUCGGCAGCAGCAGUACGAGGCAUACCCUGCGCAGAAUGCCGCCUCGCACGGUCAGCGCACGGCCCAAGCGCACCCCCGCCUCGUGCUGAUCGUGAUCGUGGCAGGAGGCGCAGGCGUAUACUACGUGUUCAACCUGCACAAGGUGCCGUCGACCGGCCGUUGGCGCUUUAUGGACGUCGGCAUCCCGGAGGAGCUGCGUAUGGGCCACCAGGCGUACGAAGAGACCAUGCGGCAGUACCAAGGCCAGCUGCUCUCGCCGUCGGCGCCGGAUAGCGUGCGUGUGCGCCGCGUCGCGAAUCGCAUCAUCCAGGCGUGCAAGGAGCUGGACGCGGAGCGCGCGCCGCAUGCGCCGCCCACGCAAUGGUCCGUGCACGUCAUCCGCGACUCCCAGCAGAAUGCGUUUGCGCUGCCGGGCGGCAGCAUCUUUGUUUUUACCGGCAUCCUCCCGGUGUGCGAGGACGACGACGGCCUUGCGACCGUCAUGGCGCACGAAAUUGCACACCAGCUUGCACGCCACUCGGCGGAAAAGAUGUCGGGCUACAAGGUGGUCAUGGCGCUCGGCUUCCUGCUCGACUUGGUGGGCUUUGACGUGGGCCUGAGCCGCAUCGCGCUGAACCUGCUCAUGUCCCUACCGAACUCGCGCAAGAUGGAGAGUGAGGCGGAUUUCCUGGGUCUACGAAUCAUGUCGCAGGCAUGCUACAACCCCGACAAGGCAGUGAAUUUCUGGCGCCGGAUGAACAAGGGCGAGGAGCACGGGGGCAUCGCCGAGAGCGCGCAAGGGCUGCUCUCGACGCACCCCGUCAACAGCCGGCGGAUCGACCGAGCAACUGUAUAG